CACUGCAUGGGAUCUUUGACAACGGGUGAAAUCAGGGGUUUAUUUAUCCCUGUAGAAGCCUUUUUAACAUUUUAUCGGAAUGUGUGGGAGUGUGGUUUCUUUUACCAAUAUGCGAUCAUGCUUUGAAUCUAUGAGAUAAAUUCCUGUGAUGUUGAUUUCAUCAUCACAGAAGAUAUUUUAGUGUAUUUUAAUUUGGGAAUAGGUUGUGUGUGCUUAUGAAUCAGUGACAAAUUUCAGUGCAGCUUGUCUAAUUUGAAGCUUCAAACAUGCCGUUUGGGCUGAAACCAAAAUGCUUUCAAUGCGAGAAGACAGAUUCUUUUAUGUGGAGAAAAACAGAAGAUGGUUUUAUCUGUAAUGAAUGUGUGGAACAGCAGCGAAACAACAAACUGAGAUCCUGUCGUGACCAGUCUUCAAACAAUAAGACUGCUUCAGACAAUGAUCCUAAGAGUGCAAGGAAAAGUACCCGCACCACAAGAAACUACAAAACAAGACUGAACCCCUUCGCCCUACCCAAACCAUACACACCCAAAGGGAAAGGUCGCAGGAUCAUCUUCAAGAAAACUCCUCAGAAGGCCCCAGGCGCUGUUACGUCUCCCGUCACCAGUAAUUAUGUGUUUCAUAAGGGAAGCUACAUUCAAGUUGGUGACAUUGUUUCCUUACAAGAUAUUGAAGGUGGCAUCUUUUAUGCUCAAAUAAGAGGUCUUCUCACUGAUCAAUAUUGCGAGAAAAGUGCUGUAAUUACGUGGCUGCUUCCAACCACCGCAAGCCCUGAGCCGGAGGAAGGCUUUGAUCCUGCAACUUAUGUUAUAGGACCUGAUGAAGACAUCCCCAGAAAAUUAGAAUGUAUGGAAUUUGUUAUGCAUGCCCCAUCAGACUAUUAUAAAGCCCGUAACACUCCCUAUCCUCCUACAAAUCCUCCAGAGACUAAAAAUUCAUUCAUAUGGAUGAGGCUAAGUGUGAAAGCCCCAAAGCAAGACUGAUUAUGUAUUUAAAAUUUUUGCCUGUACCAUUAACUUAUUUUUAACUUAUUCAAUUUAACUAGUUCAAGUCAAAAUGAAGUUACUUGUAAGCAACAUUGAUUUUUCUUGAGGGUGAUAAAAUAAAAUAAAACUUGUAGGCUU